AUGUUGAAACCCCAUAAUGAUGAUCGUUUUCUUGCUGAUCAUUCGGGUAAGGACUCCUCGAUAGAAGUGAGUACCAUUAUGGAUGCACCAUUUCUCUCUACGCCACAAGAGAAGGACAGAAACGACCCAAUAACAAUUUCCUUUCAUCACACCUCAAUGAAGAACGAGGUAGAAACUAGUAGGGUGGAGUCAUCCAAUUCCCGAAAGAAUCAAGAAUGGCUGCCAUCCUCAACUAUUAUGAAAGGCUGUUUUCAACCGAUUGUUUUUGCAGCUGUUGCUUCUUGUUGUUGUUUUCUAUUGAUCCUUGUAUUAAUCAUAUUGACUUUCAUCCAUCCGAGUCGUGAAGACUUUCUCUCAUCAUCAACCAUACAGAGUUCAUCACCCCUUAAUAGGAAUUCAUUAUUUUCAACAUCAUUGUCAAGGAAUCCACACGCAAUAAGGAGUAGGAAAGUCCGAAAAUCUUCUUAUGGAGAUCCUCAACCACUCGAUCAAUACGAUGAUGCCAGCAGCUCGACAUUUCUCACUUCAUUGGUGUGUCCCUUCUCAAUUUAUGGCUCUCAAUGGUAUGAAUAUUGGAGCAAUCGCAACAAAUCGAACAGUAAUCAUUCCAAACUUUUCUCCCAAACGGAGGCAAUUGUGAAUGAAUAUUUGCCCCUGUACAAUCAAACAGAAUGGGUAUUCAAGUUUCCCAAUCAAUCGAGCCCUCUUUCGUGCCCAGCAAUUACUAUUAACGAGAGGAGCAAAUCUGUUUUGAUUAAUUAUCAGUAUGAUGCAGAUGUUUCUUUCUACUAUGGGAAUAUUGAAGCUUAUUGCCCUCAAGAGGACUUUCCAUAUGAUUCUAUUUGUGACAGGAUGUUUUGUUUUUCUCAGGACAUGCUCAAUGAACUGGAGCAAGCAACUAAUGAUUCCAAAAUCUUUGACUAUGGCCUCAACUUGACGUCGCUUCUCGUUAAGGAUAUUGAUUUAAUUCCCGAAGGACCUUUGUAUACUCAACAAUUAUCGCUUUCUAUCAUGUUUUCAUGGAUGGAGAGCUACUUGAAAGGAGCCAAAAUAUCAUUCAAUCCCAUACUCUCAGAGUCAAUUUGGAACAAUAUUACUCAGUUGAUUCCAGAAUUAGAGGAAUAUAGCCUGGGUCUUACAGCCGACAUUCUUGAUCUGUAUACGACGUGUAGGGCAUGCAGAGACUAUUCACAAUAUCCUGUGAGUGAUGGUCUCGAUAUUUGUUUGAACGCAAAUUUGCCAUUUCAAUGCAGCUAUGGCAAUUUGGAUCGAAUAGCUUUGGGCUUUCCUUUCAUGAAUCAAAUCCAAAAUUAUUAUGGCAAUUUGCUAAGUAGCUCCAUGUGCUACUGCCCUCGACCAUAUACUGCAACAAUCAAUUCACAAGGGACAGAUAUUGAAAUUGACACCAAAGCAGAAAUGUCUAAUAUUAAGACAGCCUCGCGGUGUGAUAGUUACAUGUAUUUUUGGUAUCCCUUGUACUGUUCUGAAAUCAUUAAUGCUGUUCUUUUGAUAUUGGAAAUGGCGUUGGCUCUCGUCAUAACCAUGCUGAUUUGGCUACCUCUGUUGAUACAAUUCAUCAAAAAUGUCGUUUUGAAGAGAAGGAAUAUAACGAGUUUGAAAAUUCAAAACUUGUGGCCUUGUAAUGUUUGGACAAUGGCUAAAUCAAAGACGCACUCGAUCAGAGCUUCAAAAAAUAUCUAUUACCAAAUACACCUUACCAACACCAAAUGGGCACAGAUAGUGUGUGAUUACAAGCUCAAUGCAGCAUCUACACUCCUAUUCUCAUUUCUAUGCUUGCUGACAUCAUAUACUUGCGAUUUCUUGAGAAGAAAUAGUUCUGAAAUAUCAGACGUUGUCCCUGAUAUAUUUUUUCUCAUUGCCCUGGGAAAUUUGUUCAUUUGUGCAAUACCGAUAAUUUCAACUUGGAUCAAUGCAAUGAAAAAGAAUGAGAAUCAUGGCAUGUCCAUGAAAAUUAGUAUUCCACUUCUAGCUCUUCAAUUAUUUGGCACAAUCCUCACAAUAUUUGCUCCAUUAUUAGGGUACUUGUAUAUUUUUCAAGUGAAGAAUGAUUACACAGCUCUCUCCCUCCUGUAUGGCAUGCUGUUCGGAAUUAUUUUCAUGUAUCUGGUCAUUUUGAUAUUAUUAUUAUUGUAUAGCGUGAAAAUGUUCUUGAGAUUGCGAGAGUUAAUUAGCAUUUCAUUCUUUCAAUUUAGAUUCACUCGAUUUUUACUUGUUGCUAGUAUAUUAUGGAUUGGUUUUUUAGCAUACUUUUCAUUCACAUUUGCCGAGUCUUUGCUUUCAUUGGCAGAGGGUGAACAUUUUGCAACGAGAAUUUUCUUUCUAUUUAAAUUUGAUAUUUUCAAUUUACUUCCACUAUUAUUGGCCAUUGCUCUCAGUUAUGCCUUGUUUCCUUCUCGGAAUAUUAUUUUCGAGAGCUAUCGACUGUUGUUCCAUGUAGUGUGUUGUUGCGGAAGAGUUUCCGACAUGAUGAUGAAACAGCAAAAUUCGCAAAAGCAGGAGCUCGCUCAAGAUUUAUUGGACGAGCCCAUGAAUCAACAAAGAAACGAAUUGAUACAAUGA